AUGAUCCGAGAAAUAUUCAGCAGAUUGAAAGGCCGAACAGAUCAACGCUACUCAAACUGUGGAUCGCCAUACGAGAAUCACCCUGUCAUUCACUCAAUAGCCUCCUCAUCUGCUGCUCCAAAAUCGCGGAGAUUUUCCCCGUCCCAAGUCAUUCCCUAUCAUGGAUCUCUCAACCCUGUCUUCAGUACCAGUGGAGACGCAUGCUCCACCAGUUCUUUAUCUCCGGCCAGAAGCUUUCAUUCGGCACAGGCCAUUACCACGGUUGCGGCCACCGCAGCCGUCUCCAAUAACGCCUUCUAUGAUGAACAGACAAUUAUCUUAGAGCGACUUGCCCGGGAAAGGAAAGUGCUUAGUGGAUUAGUCGAUCAACUGCAGCGUGAAGCUACUGUUAAAGACACUAAAAUCAAAAGAAUGGGUGAGGAGAUUAAUGAACUUAAACAAGAUAUCACACAGAAGGAUGCCUUUAUUAUUCAACUGCAGGCAAAGUUGGACGAAUUAUCUAAACUAGAAUUUGAUCGGGUUGCGUUGGAAAAGGAGAUACACACACGCGAAAAGCAAUGUUCGGCUGCGGAGCUGAAGUGUCAAGCCCUAGGCGAGGAGCUGAAUGCCGCUAAAAGUGAGAUUGAUGAGACACAGGCCGAAUUGAAGAGUAAAAAUAGCAGCAUCGAACAGCUGGAGGGAAAGCUGAAGACAGCAACUCAACGGCUUGAGGGUUUUCGAGAUCGACUCCGACAGAUACUUUUCGGUCAGGACAAUAGCAAUGACGAAGCGACUCUCGCGUUAAGCCCCACCGAAGUGGGCGACCAGGCUAGUGCAAACCCUGAGGACGAGCAAAGGUGUGAGACCAUUGACGAGAAGAUUGUAAACACGGUUAGUCGACUCAUGAAAGAUGUCUCCGGCCUGCAGGCUGAUGUGAACGUCCUGCGGCAGGAGAAGACUUCCCUGGAGAAGACAAGACAAGAUCUUCAGAAUGAGACUUCC